UAGACUAUCGUGUACACCACAUAAAAGUUACGGUUUUCUUUUCUCCUCCUGAAAAUCAUGGAAAACCCUAAUUCCCACAUCGGAGAAACAGGUGGUAAACGGAAAAGAGGAGAGAUUCAGGAAACAGGGGAAAUCGAUUCCGGUGGCUGUGGUGGCAAGAUUGCGAAAGCCGAUUCCGGUGUCUGUGGUGGCGAGAUAGCGAAAUUUGAUUCCGGUGGUGGUUCAGUUGAAAAGUAAACGAGACAGGUAAAGGAAUUCAAAGAUAAAUACGGUUUACUUCAGCGCUACAAAGAAAAGAUGGUAUUCGAAGAUGAGGAUUACGAUCCUAUGUGGAAAGAUGAAAAUUACGAUACUGACGAUGCUGAACCUGUAAUUUAUAUGGGGGAGCCAGGGGUGGAGAUCGAAAGUAAAAACGAUGAUGAUGUGAUAAUGGAGGAUGAAAAAGAUCCUUACGACCGUGAAACCGUUCUCAAAUACAUCACUCAAGUCCGCAAUAGCUUUGGUUUUGAUGUGGAUGUGCGCGUGCCUUCUUGGCUGAUGCAUUAUCUGAGCUUCAUCCCCGUUGACUUGUCUUACACCAAUGAUUAUGAUGGAAUGUAUGAGGCAGCAAAGUUUGCAAUUGAUGAAAUCAAUGUUGACAUGAAAAGCAAAACUUACAAGCUUGUGGAUGUUGCUAAGGCUGUCGCCGUGCACCCCCCACGCAUUCUAUUGUUUUUGACUAUUGUUGUAAAAAAAGUCGGAGAAGAAGAAGCUGCUACUGUGAGCAUCCAAGCAAUUGUCCGUCGAUCCAAACUUCACACUUUCGAACUCCAUCAGUGGAAGGUUAAACCAGACGCCAGCCCUUGAUUCUUCCAUCACUGCGUUUAUCCAUUUAUGCCCUAUAAUAGUAGUAUUAGAUAUGCUAUGUUUGAACAACUCUUGUAGAAUCUAAUUCAACUUGUUAUCUGAAUUAUGCUGUCUCGUCUACCAAUUCAAGAAUAUUUGAGUUAA